GUGGUCCGCGGGCGCCCUAUUGCCCAAUUUGAAGAAUAAAAAGGAGAAGAAUAUUCCCGCAGGCAGAUUUUAGAUGUUGUGUUGCAUUUUAUUCCUUUCUGGUUUCUUGCUUUUGGCGUUUGCCAAAAGGACUCUGUUCCAUUGCUUUCUGCCUUAUCGCUUCCGUCAUCUGAAUAGCUCCUAUCAGAAGCCGACGAUCAUGGUCACCAACGACGUCGGUAUUGACACACCGUGGCUCCGUUCUCUGGUUCGCGUACUCGUCUCCACUAAUCUCUUCCACGUCCUGGUUUGCGCGCCUGAUUCAGAAAAAUCCGCCUUCAGUCAUUGCAUUACUUGGCGUCAUCCUAUUUCAGCUCAGCGAGUAGUCAUUGAAGGCGCAACAGCCUUUGCAGUCUCUGAUCACGCAGAAAUCUAUUUGUUAAGUGGAAGAAAGGCUUCAGAAUGGGAAAUUGAGCAUAAACAUUUAUACAACUGAUUUUCAUAUAUUAACUCUCCCAGUGUCAUGUUUACGUUUUUAUUCUUUAUUCUUUCAAUCUAUUGUGCUGUAGUUAGUGGGGAAUAAGAAGCAUUAGUUGCCCCGAGAAAUUCUGCAGUUUUUUUUGUCCAAAAAAAUUCCCUUGCAAUUUAUAGACCAAGCCUUGAGUUUCUUUGAUUUUUUAAAUAAUUAAGCUCUCAAA